AUGACGUCAAGCAACUGGAGUGUUGGAAAGACAGCUGAACCCAUAAAAGAAAACCUUAUGCAGUUGGCAAGCAAGGAUUAUCGCCAGUUUUGCCUAAUGGCUUGCAAGGUUAAGUUUCCCCAUUUGAAGAGACAAACUGGUAAGUUUAGAUUUUCUGAUGUCCAUUCCUAUAACUACCAUGAGAUCAAAGACCGAUACAAUUUAACCGACGAGGUCAAUGCGUCCUUAAUAGACGGAUCGCCUGAGUUUAUUGCUAUGGAGUACCCAACUGACCACUCUUUAGUAAGCACGGCUGAGCUGGUGUUAAAAUCCAAAACUUCGGUUAUUAUCUCAUUGAUUGGUAUUCGGUACCAUUGGGAGAGUGAUUUCAUGAGAGAACAUCACGUGCUAGAUCAGAAAAUGGGUUUGUUGGAGUUCUUAGCCUGGGCUCAGGAGCAAGGUUUUGAUACUAGCCAGCUGUCCUAUUCUGACCUUCAUACGGUCUUUACUGAAGAAGAUGGCAACUUUGUUAUUGAGAAGUAUCACGAAAAAGACACGCCUAGUCAACUUGUAUUUAGAAUUAACUGUAACACAUGGAAAGACAAAACACCUCCAACUGAAAACACUCUUAAGGUUCUGGACGCCGUGCAUACCAUGGGCCGGACUCUCACUAACACCGCCAGCCCAACUAUUGUUCAUUGCAUGGCGGGCAUAGGCCGAACAGGCAGCUUUAUCUUCUACGCUAUCUUUCGCCAGGCCCUUUUAAACCAUCAAAUUGCUGAUGAAUCUCGAAUGUCGGCUUUUAUCGAUCUCUUUCUCUAUUUAAGAUCCAAGCGCACCUGGAUGAUUGAGGCGCCUAGCCAAUUAGAACUAUUAUACAGAAUGUUUAUUGUUGAUCAUAGCUAG